AUGAAUAAUAUAUUUGGAUUACUUGGACAUACAAUUGGUUCACAUCCAAUUCUCUUUAUAUUUUUAUCACUUACACUUUCAGCUAUAUCACUUCUUGGACCUUUAUUCAGAUUAGAUAUAAGAAUGGAUAUUAAAUCAGGUUUUAGUCGUAGUGAUACUCCUUCAGUACAAGAGAUCAAUGCUCAUAAACUUUUCUUCAAUAAUACGGGUGAUCCAUGGUAUAUGGCACUAUUUGCAACAGCAAAUAAUGGAUCGAUUUUGGAAACAACAAAAGUCGAUGAAUUAACAACAUUUUAUAAAUAUAUAACCCAAACUAUGCCAGUGAAUGUUAAUAAAACAACCGUACAUUAUCGAAAUGAUUUAUGUGAACCAUUUUGUAAUUUUAAUUCACAACUUUGGAAUCUUUUGAGUUAUCAAUCAUUUUUCAAAAUGUUUUAUCCGUUAUCAAUAGCUGGUCCAUAUAAGGUGAACAUUGGCCGGUAUCUUUUUAAUCGUACAAUUGAUGAAAAAGGUAUUGUAAUUGGUGUUGGAACUAUAGCAAUAUAUUUUACAACAUUUAUCACAGAUAGUAAUAAACAAAAACAAUUGAAUAUAUUUGAAGAAGAAGUUUCAAGAGAAGUACACAAACAUAAUGAUAAUCCAAAUAAUACAGUAACAUUUGUUGUACAUGGUGUGCAUACAGUAAACAAUGAAAUACGUCAAGGAAUUCAAUUAGUCCUUCCUUAUUAUUUCACAGGAGCUCUAUUAUUGAUCAUAUUUGUUGUUACAAGCUUUAUUUUGGCAGCAUUAUAUUAUUCAUAUCCAAUGCGACGUUUGCAACUAAUUUUACCGUUCGCAGCGAUCAUUUCACCAAUCCUAGCAGCUGUAUCAAGCAUUGGUUUAAUGCUUCUGGCUGGUUAUCAUAUCAAUAUGUUAAUUCUCGUUUCAUCAUUUUUAACAUUAGCUACAGGUAUAGGUGUUGAUGAUGCAUUUCUAAUAACAAAUACCUGGCUCAAAUCGAUGGUAUUUCCCCAUGCCUUAACAGCUGCUGAAAGGUUACAAUUUGUACUAGAAAAGGUUGGAAUAGGCAUAGCAGUUACUUCAUUAACAAAUUCGCUUGGAUUUGCAUUGGGUUGCAUUGAAUCAGCAUCAGAAUUGCAACUUUUUUGUGCUACAGCAUCACUUUCCAUGUUGCUUGAUUUAUUAUUCCAACUUUUCUUCUAUGCUCCACUUCAAGUGAUGCUAACUCAUGGUGAUCCUGUUAUCAUCUAUAAACAAAUCAAAAAAGAUCAAACAACAUUAUGUGAACGAAUGAGGCAAAAUGUUUCAUCAAUUUGUAAAUAUUACAGUCAAUUCGUUACAUCUUUUUGGGCCAUACUUAUUGCUAUUGCAUUAUUAAUUUCAUAUUAUCAUUUUGCAAUAACUGGAAUACAAGCAUUGGAUACAGAUAUUGAUGGUAAAAUGCUGCUGCCACCAAAUUCAAAAAGUCUUGAAGGAAUUCGAAUAAUGGAUGAAAUUAUUUGGCCGGAUUAUCUAAGCAUCAAUUAUAUUAUCCGGAAACCGCCAAAUUUCUCCAAUCCUAUUGAAUAUCGAAAUUUUACGCUAAUGGUUAAAGAAAUGGAAAAAUCAGAAAAUUCAUUAGGGUCAGUUGCAACGAUGCAUUGGGUAAAAGAUUAUUUACAAUAUCUUGCUAAUCCGUAUGCUACCAAACUUGAUGUUAUUUUUGGAAUUUCUGCUGCAGAAGUCAAUGAAUCGGUUUAUAUGGAAAAUGGUUUGGAUAUGUCACAAUUUGAUUUCUUCAUUAAUACCGAUCCAUAUACAGCAUGGCAACUUGGCAUUCGUUACAUGCGAGAUUCACAAAAUAGGAUUGUGAUAACAUCGAUGUUAUUGAUAAUGGGUUUUAAUGGUACCACAUCAUUAUCUGAAAAAGCAAAAUUAUUACGUUCAUGCCGUGAGAUAUGCACACGUUAUCCGCAAUAUGAUAUGAUACCAUUUGAUACGGAUGCCGAAUUAAUUGAUGUUAUAUUAGCUGUACCUUCAACAACUAUCAAAACAAUAUUAUUUACAUUUGGUGCAAUAGGUGCAAUAUGUUUUAUUUUUUCCUCUAAUAUUGGUGCAUCCAUUCUUGCUACCUUAUCAGUUAUAUCAAUUAGUGCAGGUGUUGUCGGUUUCCUGCAAUAUUGGAAUUGCUUUUUGGAUCCAAUAUUAAUGGUAGCAAUAUUGAUGACAGCUGCUUUAAGUAUUGAUUGCACUGUACAUAUCAUUUUUCACUAUAUAAUAAAUGAUUAUACUGAUGUUGUACAACGAAUUAACGCUUCAUUUGAAACAUGUGCCUUACCAAUGUUACAAGCUGGCAUAUCAACACUUCUUGUUAUGUUACCAGUAUUAUUUGCACCUGUAGGAAUUUAUGCUAUAAUAUCGAAAGCAAUCAUAUUAACAAUAAUAUUUGGCUUAUUACAUGGUCUUUUUAUUGUUCCCGUAUUUCUUACUGCCUUACCUAAUUGUUUUACCAAUUGUUGGCUUAAUUGUUGUAUUAAGCAUUGA